AUGGCUGAAAUAGAUGCAUUUCUUCUGGAUAUAUUCAAUGCAGAACAAGAAGAACGAGUUCAAAGGCUGAACAGAUUUCAUCAGCUUCGACUAGAAAGACAACAACUUCGAGAUGUAUCAAAUCCUUUUACUUUACCUGCCGAAUUCUUUAGAAGAUAUUACAGAAUGCCUCCACAUGUAGUGAUGCGACUGAUUGGAUUUUUGGCCGAAGGAGGUCUACAAAAAGGUUUCGCACAAGAUUUUGUACAUCCUGUAAGCCAGAGUACAGCUAGUCAAUGCAUUGCUCGAGUCAUUGAUACUAUUAAUCAUUUAGCAGAUGACUUUAUACGCUUUCCUGGAACAGAAGGGCAAAGAGAACAUAAUUCAAACCGCUUUCAAAGGACUACUAGGAUUCCUGGUAUUAUUGGGGCUGUUGAUGGUUUUAUGGUGACGUUUUAUAGGCCAACAAUAAACGAAGAAGCAUUUUUUAACUAUCGUGUAGGAACUUCCAUGAAUGUACAAAUAAUUGUAGACUCCGACUAUAACAUCCUCAAUAUUCGAGUAUGUCCUGGAAGUAAUAACGACCGGUUCGUCUGGCAAUUUUCAGAAGCUAAAGAAUACAUGGAAGAUCUACGGGCAGAUGAAAAUUUUCCUAAUCGUUACUAUAUAAUAGGAGAUAGUGGCUACACUCCUUCUCGGGUAUUAUUAACACCGGAUCUCAAUGCAGCAGAAGGAUCUCCAGCUCAUGUAUAUACAUUAGAGCAUGUAAGGACUCGAUGCAUUGUGGAGCGUACUAUUGGAAUACUUACCAAUGUGUGCCUGCAGAGCUUCGUGAUGAUGUUAAUAGGAGAGGAAGAGGAGAAGCAGCAGAAUAUGCAGCAGGAAUUGCAGAAAGAAACCAUAUUAUUACACAGCAUUUUAUGUAGAUUGUAA